UCUUUAUAUUUUCUUCUCGGUAGAUUUCUUCCCUCUUCUUCUGUGUCUUUGUCUCUGAAUUCUAUCUGUCUGUAACACUUUUUUUUGGGACUCUCAUCUCAGGCAUCACUUACUGCUUACAAGUUACAGUUCAUUUGUUGUUUUUCUAUCCAAAGCAGAAUUCUUGGGGUAUCAAUGAGAUUUGCAAUCUUGUUUACCUUGUUUCUUGAUAUUUGGGAUUGAUUGAUGUGGAGGUCACAGCCAAAUCUUUGUUCUUUUGGAUUGCUUUGCCAGUGAUCAAUGUUGGACAUCAUUUAGAAAAAAAAACUACUUGCUGGAUAUUUCUGUCGUAGAUAAGAUGUGUAGUAUGUGUCAUAAUUGUGGUGUGGAAUUGUCGAAGUUGGAGGAAAAGAAGAGGCAGGAGAAUGGGAAUUCUUUAAAACUAGACCCUGAAGGCCCCAUCUCGUAUUGUAAAUUUUGUGGGAAAAAGCAGGAGGGAGAGUUGAUAAAGCGGGAUGGUGCCAGUCCAUACACAACACCAAUGAUCAGUCCAAGUACUUCAUCAUCAAGCAGUGAUAGCUUUGCAUCUAACUGCAGUGAGUUUUCGGUUGUUGUUAACUCAUAUGACAGGGUUAAUCGAGAACAAAGUACAACAGGUGAUAGUCAAGAGAAUUGUAAAAGGAUGGAAAAUAACUUAAAGGAAAGCAAUAAUGGUGAUGAUCACAUUGUAAGAGAUGUGGAAAUACAAACAAGUAAUGGUCAAGAAGCAAAAGAAGAAUUUGCUGGAAAUCAUGGCAAAUCCUCUAAUGAUGAUCAACUGGAUGCUGAAAUUUGGGAACCUCCUGAAGCAGAAGACCCAGAGGAUGACAUGGAGGGGAGCAUGGCUUAUAAUGAUGAUGAUGAUGAUGAAUGUGGUGAUGGGACUGAUUGGGGCAAGCCAUGUUCUUUGAGUCGCUUUAGAGAUGAAGGAAGUGGGAGUUACAAGUUUAAAGUGGAAAAACAAAGAGCAAUGGAAGAGGUGACAAAUGGAAAGUUCAAGGCCCUCGUAUUCCAUCUUCUUAAAAGUGUGGGUGUUGCCUCAUCUGGGGAACAUGGUGAAAGUUGGGUGGAUAUAGUUACUUCAUUAUCAUGGGAAGCCGCUUCAUUUUUGAAGCCUGAUGCUAUUGAUGGUAAACCAAUGGAUCCAAAUGGUUAUGUGAAAGUGAAAUGUGUUGCAACUGGUUCUCGCAGCCAAAGCCAAGUAGUGAAAGGUUUUGUCUUCAAAAAGCGUGCUGCUCACAAGCACAUGCCAACUAAGUACAAGAAUCCAAGGUUGUUGCUGAUCAGGGGUGAGCUUGGUCAGUCUUCUAGUGGGUUGUCAUCAUUUGCUUCAAUGGAGCAGCAGGAAAAGGAUUAUCUGAAGUUGCUCAUUGAGAUGAUAGAAUUGUGCCAACCAAAUGUGAUUUUAGUAGAGAAGUGUGUUUCUCGUGAUAUUCAGGAGUCUAUUCGUGCAAAAGGAAUGACACUAGUGUAUGAUAUGAAGCUUCAUCGCCUAGAGAGAAUUGCCCGUUCUACUGGCUCACCAAUUCUAUCAUCGGAUACUUUGACUGGUCAAAAGCUAAAACAAUGCGAGUCUUUUCAUAUUGAAAAAUUUGUGGAGGAACAUGCUGCUUGUGGUGAUGGGGAAAAGAGGCCAACUAAAACAUUGAUGUUCCUUGAAGGCUUUCCUACACGUCUUGGUUGUACGAUUUUGCUGAAAGGUGCACACAGUGAUGAAUUGAAGCAGAUUAAAUAUGUCGUGCAGUAUGCUGUUGUUGUGGCAUAUCAUUUAAUUCUUGAAACGUCUUUCCUUGUUGAUCAGAAGGCAAUGUUCUCUACAAUUCGAUUUCCUGACGAAGUGAAUGUCUUGCUGACUGAUCAACAAUCCCCUAAGCUAGGAUCUAGUAACUCAAGUGUUCCUAGUAUUGAGGUAAGUACUUCCACAAAUGAGUCAUGUGCAGUUGAUAUUCCCAUAUCCAAUGGAUUCCAUGAAGAAAAUACCCAAAAUUCAAACUUAGAAUCUAAAAGCCACUCUGCAUUAACUUAUGAGCCAUACAAUCCAGCUAUUUUCUCUGGGUUGUCAUCUCUCUCAGCUUCUCUAAAGAAAGUUAUAGGGGACAGUUUCCCUCAUGCUGCCUCUGCUUCGUAUCAGUCCCUGUCAUCAUACUUUGGGUUCAAUGGAGGGCAAUUCAACAGUCAUGUCCGUAAACCUAUUUCUUUAUCAACAUCUCCAGAGGGAGUUUGCCAUUGUGAUAUGGAAUCUAAAGGCAGUUCUGAUGAAGAAAACUCAUCUGAUGGUGGGCAAUUUCAAACUUCUUCAGGAUACACUGAAGUCCCCAUAGAGAUGCAAAAAGAUGGUGGUAAUAGUGAAGAGCAAAUGCAAAGUAGGGAAAACAUCAAUGCAGUGGUGGAUUCUCGAAGUAUUUUGGUUUUGAUGUCUAGGCGGAAUGCUGUAAAAGGGGCAAUCUGUGAGCAGAGCCACUUUUCUCAUAUCAUGUUCUACAAGAAUUUUGAUGUUCCUCUUGGAAAGUUCCUGAGGGAUAAUUUACUUAAUCAGAAAAGCCAGUGCACCACAUGCGGUGAAUUACCAGAAGCUCAUUUUUACUAUUAUGCACAUCGUAACAAGCAGCUUACUAUACAAGUUAAACGACUCCCUGAGGGAAAGCAUUUGCCUGGGGAUGCGGAAGGCAAGCUUUGGAUGUGGAGUCGUGCUAGAUGUAAACCUGGGAAUGGAAUCUCAAAAUCUACAAAAAGAGUGUUGAUGUCCACUGCUGCCCAUAGUCUGUCAUUUGGAAAGUUCUUGGAGCUCAGUUUGUCUCACCCCUCUUCAUCCAGCAGAUUAUCCAGCUAUUGCCAUCCUCUUGAAAGGGACUUCCUCCAUUUCUUUGGCUUAGGCCCCAUGGUCACAAUGUUCAAGUAUUCUACAGUUGCAAUAUAUAAUGUUUCUGUGCCUCCUCGGAAGCUGGAGUUCAGUAAUUCAAUUAGACAAGAGUGGCUUAGGAAAGAAACUGAGAAUGUAUACAUGAACGGGAUAUUACUAUUCACAGAGACUGCGAACUUUUUGAACAAAAUCAGAUCUCGAUUUGUUGGCAGAACUCUGAACUUACAAGGCACCUCAUUAGACUUUUCUGAUAUCGAAGAGAUGCUUAACCAGGAAAGAUCUGAGUUUGAGGAAAACAUAAAGAGUGCUGUAUCGAAGAAUGGGAAUCCAGACCAGGCUGUCUACAUACCUCUCAACUUGAACCGAUUAUUAUGGGAGCUUUUGCUUGAAUCUUGCAUUUGGGUUCGGCGCUUGCAUUCCCUGUUCUCACCUGAUCCAACAGCGAGUGACUCUAAUGCCUCUGAGAGAAUAAUGCAAGAACAAGCUAAAUCAAAGAUGGAUGGCUCUGCUGCUGGAGGCAAUGAGGGAAUGGAAACAAUCUUGCAGAAUGGCCAUGUAGGCCUUGAUGAUGGUGUUGAUUUCAAAGUUAAGUUAGAUACAUCUACAGAAGCAAAUGAAAUUCCAAUAAAAGAAAUUCCAGUUGAAGUUCAAGUUCAAGACUUGAGUGAUGGAGGUGAUGUAUUAAAUGCUUCUACUGUGGCUGAGGGUGAGAUGCCAACUGUGGGUAUAAGUACAAAUAGAUCAUCUGACCAAGAGUUGGUUGCAAGACAAAAUGGCUCUGCCCAUUGUCAGUCUGGUGAUGAUAAUUGUCAAGCAGUGAUUCUUCCUUUGUUUGAUCAUCCACAAGAGGAUAGAACCAUUCCAGUUUCCACAGUUCUUGGAAAUAGUGAUUCUAUUGCCGAUUUACAUGUAUUAAAGAAGGAUAAAUCUCUACGAUCCCUAUCAUCCUGCAUAGAAAAUUCGAUUGGAUGGUUCUGGACACCAUUCUCAGAAAUACGACAGAUUGACAUGAAGGAUCUCCCAAAAAUUUACUUGCAGAAAUUCGAAGCUAUCAGUAGAUAUACACAAGAAUAUAUACCCACAGCAAAUCAACUUAUCACUGAGGAAGGCUCGAGGCUGCACAUUCCUCUUGAAACUGAUAAUCAUAUUUUGUCAGACUUUGAGGGUGAACUCUCAAGCAUAAUUGCUUGUGCACUGGCCUCCUUGAAGGAACUUCCUGUUCAAUCGGAAGUUCUUGAUGAGGAUAGUAGGAGAGAGAAUGGAAUGGCUGCUAAGUCAUUUGAGAGUUUACACAGCCUAGCUCGAAUAUCCACCAUUACUUCCCUGCGUUGGUCUUCAAAUGGAUUUUCAGAAUCAGAUUCAGUCCUUCCUACCCCUAGCAGUUCUUUAGAAGACUCUCGGUUCUCCAGUUUUGAUGGGUUGAAUUUGUUGGAUUCUCUUGUUCCUCCAGACCCUUUUAAUCCAGUUGUCAAUCUGGUUGGGAAGGGUAAAUAUUCUGUAGCUUGUCUAUAUGCCAAUGAGUUCCGUGAUCUUCGCAGUCGCUGCUGCCCAUCUGAGGCUGAUUAUAUUGCCUCCCUAAGCCGUUGUAGGAACUGGGAUGCCAAAGGGGGGAAAAGCAAAUCUCUUUUUGCUAAAACACUAGAUGACAGGUUUAUCAUAAAGGAAAUUAAGAAGACAGAAUUUGAUUCUUUUAUGAAGUUUGCUCGGGAUUAUUUCAAGUACAUGACUCAGUCAUUUGAGUUAGGGAACCAAACAUGCCUUGCAAAAGUUCUUGGGAUCUAUCAGGUAAGUAUAAGACAGACAAAAAGUGGGAAAGAGAAUAGGCAUGAUCUGAUGGUGAUGGAGAAUCUUACAUUUGGUCGGAAAAUUACUCGCCAGUAUGAUCUUAAAGGUGCUCUACAUGCGAGGUACACUGCAGCAGCUGAUGGUUCGGGUGAUGUUCUUUUGGAUCAGAACUUUGUCAAUGACAUGAAUUCCUCUCCCUUGUAUGUUAGUAAUAAAGCAAAGCGUCUCUUACAACGGGCUGUUUGGAAUGACACAGCUUUUCUUAAUUCAAUCAAUGUUAUGGAUUAUUCUUUACUUGUGGCCGUGGAUACUGAGCGGCGGCAGCUUGUGUGUGGGAUCAUUGAUUAUCUGAGGCAGUAUACCUGGGACAAGCAACUUGAGACUUGGGUGAAAUCUUCACUUGUUCCAAAAAAUGUUUUGCCAACUGUCAUCUCUCCAAAAGAGUACAAGAGGCGAUUCAGAAAGUUCAUGUCUUUGCAUUUUUUGUGUGUCCCAGAUCAUUGGUGCUCGGAAAUAUCCUCUCAUGACCCUUGUGAACUUUGUAGUGUCAGAGAUGAUCAUGAUAUUUCUCAACCAAAAUCCCAAAAGGAAGAGGGGCUUAAUGGUUUUUCUGCAUGAGUCUCUUUAUCUGUUGAUAUUGGUUUUUUAAUUGCUGCUGCUUCACUCAAACUGUUCAUGAUACUGUAAAUAGAUGAGCAUUUCAGAUUAUAUACACCAUCACCACCCUGUUAUUCUGCGAUUUUUAGCAAAUUUCUGGGUUAGUUUCAUUACUAUAGGUCCAAGUCCAUCUUGAGAUAAGUUUUUGUAAAGCAUUUGAGAAAUUGUAGAGAGGUGCGGUAGUUUGAAAGAAAGAACGAUAAUUUGGAAUCAAUGAAAAGUUGCUUUUAUUCUUGAUGACUUUUUCUUCUCAAAUAUGUUCUUGAUGUAUAUUUUAAAUCAAUGAAAAGUUGCACUUAUUCUUC